AUGAACUCUUAGUAAUAUCAAUAAGAAAUUUGGAAUAUGAGAUUAGCUGUUAAAGUAAGUCUUCUAAAUAGCAAUAUACCACCUUUGUACUUAAUGAUUUAUAGAUAACAUUAUUUACUCUUCUACUACUAACAGAUCUAUGAUCAUUUCAAUUCCUACUCACCUUAAAUUAAUAAGAUAAAUCAAAUUACUUUUCAAUAUAAAAAUACUAUAUUAACUUACUAAAUACCUUUUGGAGUACUCAUUGAUUAAUAUAAAAGUGAGGAUACAUUCACUCCUAUUGAAUUAAUAUUAAUCUAUUAGAAAUAAGCCCAAUUUUUUACUUUAGAGGAUGAAAUCAAGAACCAAAUCAAAUUUAAUCUCAAAUGGGCAUGCUUUGGCCGUUAUAACCAUGAAGGUUAUGGAGAUCCAAUUAAAAAUUUAACUUAAAAUGUUUCAAUUAAUGAUGAAAUAUAAGCAUUCAAACGAAUCAAGUCAUUUGAAGGUAAGGAAGACCUCUUUUAAUAUUAUAUGAAAAUAUUUGAAAAACCUAACACAGGAAAAAUACAACUACCUAUAAGAAUUUAUUUCAAAAAAGGAGGUCACUUUUAAACAAUAAUUGAAAUAACAGAUCAACAAUAAACAAUAGGAUAAGCUCUAAAUACCAAAAUAUAAGGGAUUAAUUUCAUAUUUAAUGGAUUACCUUUAAAUACUAAAAUUUCAGCUCAAGACUUCUAUGAUUACCUAUAUUCAAUUGAUGGUUUUUGUUAUUUUGUGUGUUGA